AUGGGUCAGAAUAGCGGCAAGCCCGUCGUCUUCACCGACCAAGUGAACCUCAACCACUUCCGCCUGCUGCGCGUCGUGGGCAAGGGCGCUUUCGGAAAGGUGCGCAUCGUCGAGCGGAAAGAUACGGGCCUCACGUUUGCGCUCAAGUAUAUACGGAAAGAUGAAGUGGUACGGUCGGAAAGCGUACGCAACAUCAUUCGAGAGCGCCGCAUGCUCGAGCACCUCAACCAUCCUUUCCUGUGCAAUCUGCGGUAUAGCUUCCAGGACAUUGAGUACCUAUAUAUCGUGGUUGACCUGAUGAACGGCGGUGACCUGCGUUUCCACAUCUCGCGGAAGACUUUCACAGAGGAGGCGCAAGGCAUUGUACACAGGGAUAUCAAGCCCGAUAAUGUGCUGUUAGACUCCGAGGGACACGUCCACCUGGCGGAUUUCAACGUCGCCUCGGACUUUGUCCCGCACAAGCCCUUGACAAGCAAGUCCGGCACCCUCGCCUAUCUCGCGCCCGAAGUAUACGAAGGAAAGGGAUAUUCGUGCGAAGUCGACUGGUGGUCGCUCGGCGUGCUCUUCUAUGAGUGCAUAUACAAUAAGCGACCCUUUGAAGCCAGUAGCCACGACUCGCUCGCCGCCAAGAUUCUCAAGGGAGAGCCGACCUACCCCGUCACCAGUCCGCCUGUGAGCAUGCCUUGCUUGCACGCCAUAAGCUCGCUACUCGAAAAGAACCGCAAGAAGCGCAUAGGAGCUAUUGGAUUCGAGUCAUUCAUCGACAACCCUUUCUUCCGCCCCAUCGAUUUUGUCGCGCUUGAACGCAAAGAGAUCCCGCCCAUCUUCGUACCGUCGAGCGACAAGACCAACUUCGAUGCCACGUACGAUCUCGAGGAGCUGCUGUUGGAAGAGGCGCCGCUCGAAGCGCGAGCGCGCAGGCAAAAGCCAAGGGAGGCUCUCAAGGACGAUGCAACCGAGCAGGAGAUACGGGCCGAGGAGUUGCACAGAAUGAUCGAGACCCUUUUCGAGCCUUUCAAUUAUACUACAGCUGGCGAUCAACGGACGCCGGCCGCUGUUGCAGUAAUAGACCCUCAAGACUCGACUGCUGGCUCGAGAGCGAGCAAUCAAAGCCAGCCUGACAACACUUCGGCAUCCGCCACUUCGCAAGUAGAUCCGUGGGGACGUCCUCUAGCAAAUACAAAGUCUCAGGAUGGCGAACUCCAUCCCACUCGGUCCACUACCACCGCACGAUCGACGCAAUCGCCCAACGGCAGUCCUCCUCUUCCCACUUCUGCCCUUAACCAGGCUUCAAACCAGGCCCCACACACCGCCUCGCCUACAUCACAACGUGGCGAGCAUGUCGACUACUUCCCCACUGACGGCACCGAAGUUCCGACACCUUCAUUUUCCCGCCCCAUGAACCAGCGACAGCGAGGAUCACAACGUAGUACUAGCAUGGGCGGCGGCGUACAGGUAGUUCUCAAUGAGACUGGUUCUUGGACCGAAAUGGCUAACCAGAGCUCCGCGCUCGUACAGAAUGCUCAAGUUGAAAAACCAUCUGGUAUGCUCGGAUUCCUCAGUCGCAAAAAGGGCCGGGACAGGAGUCCCAAGGCCAAAGAGAGGGGCGUGUUGGGCAAGGAGGGUGCCAGAGUCAUCAUCAGCAACACUUGAAUACCCUCUGUCGCCCGACUGCCUGUCACGCUCCACGAGUUCCCUUGGUCAAAUUUCUUUCGAUCGAAAUCCACUUUUGGGCGUAGCGUUGUGGCGUUGCUCUUCUAUGCCCACCAAAUUUGCAACGGUUUGGGCCCGUUGCCUUCUUCAUCACUGCGCAAAUUUUGCAUAUCUCCACCAAAGACGGUCAAGGUGCGAGAUUGGCGUUGUUUGCGGCGGGAUUCCCUUGUCCCCCUUUUUUCUUUGCUUCACAACAUCAACGCGUAAGAUGCAAAGCAAGUUGCGCACGCCACGGUGAGAAUACGAAACGAGUCGGUAACGCGGUAUUUCUGGACACGAGAAGAGCAGGGAUGAAGAUGAAGCUAGGAAAUAUAGACUGGACGAGAGGAAGGCCAUGAAAAGCUUCCUUCUCGAACGACGGUGUGGACGAGGAUUUUUAUUGGCUGUACAUUUGAAUGUGUGUGUAUAUGGUGAAACGCCGGGUGGGACGGGCCUUUCUUUGGCUGGCUGACGCUGUCUUUUACGACGCGUGGUAGUAAACAACCGUUUUCUUAAAGUUAAUGGGGGGAUUGUGCUUCUCGUUGCGCGCAUUGUCAAUAUCAAAUACCCAGAUUUUUACUCUUAA